CAGGAGAGGAGGUGGUAGAAGAUGAGGAGGAGGAGGGAGAAGGAGGAGGAGGAGGAGGAGAAGGAGGAGGAGGAGGAGGAGACCAAAACAACAGAUUUGGUAGAUGAGAAGGAGGAGGAGGAGACAAAAACUGGAGAAGUUUUUGUAGAAGAAGAGGAGGAGGAGGAGGAGGAGGAGGAGACUAAAACUAAAGAAGAUGUAGUAGAAGAUGAGGAGGAGAAGGGGGAGACAAAAACUGAGGAGGAGGAGGAGGAGGCUGAUGAAGAGGAGACCAAACACAAAGAUCUUCAUGUUGAUGAAGAAAACAUUGAAAUAACUGACACUGAUGUCAAAGAUGAUUUUGUAAAAGCUGACCAGGAUGAUCAAGCUUUAGACCUGGCUGAUGAUAAAGCUUUAGAGGAGAAGGAGGAGGAGGAGGAGGAGGAGGAGGAGAAGGAGGAGGAAGAGGAAAAAAAGGACGAAGUGAAGAUUGAGGUGGUGAUUGAUGAAGAUGAAGAAAAGGAGCCAUUUGUCCAACAACUUGAUCUAAAAAUCCCGUCAGCUGAGAAAUUUGAUAAUGCCAGUGUAGCACCUGAAUCUAAGGAGGAGGAGGAGGAGGAGGAGGAAGAGGAAGAAGAAGAAACUGCUGUUCACGACCAAGAUGAAUACUCCGACAUCAUUGACGAUCUUGAUGAAAACAACAACAACAGCGAAAGUGGGAAAAUCGAACUUAAGCGAAAGAGGAAGGUUCAUGUUCCCUUUGAGAGGCUCAGAAGAGUCGGAUCCAGAGUUGAGCACAAGCGUGAGAAAGUUCUCAAAGAGGCAAAGGAAAGACACGCAAUAAAAGAAGUUAAAGAUGCCAUUAUUAAAGACCUCAAAGCUGCAGAAACUGAAAAGGAGGAGAAAAAAGCAAAGGAAACCAAAUAUCAGGAAGCCAUAGAGAUAAAACUAAAAGAAGAAAAGCCAAAAGAGGAGGCCAAACCCCUUGAGAAGAAACCAGAGAAGCCCAAAGAAGAGCCUAAAAAGAAGGAAGAACCAAAGCCUACUGAAGACAAAAAAGAAGCAAAGAAACUGCACAAAGAGGAGGCAGGAGUAAAGAAGGAGAAGGAGCAAAUAGCUAAACCUAAAGAAAAAGGAUUAGAAAAGGAACCACCCAAAAAAGAGAAAGAAGUCAAGAAACUAUCCAAAAAAGAGAAAGAUGUCAAGAAACCUCCCAAAGAAGAAGAAGAAGAAGUAAAGAAACCACCCAAAGAAGAGAAAGAAGUCAAGAAACCAUCAAAAGAAGAGAAAGAAGUCAAGAAACUAUCCAAAAAAGAGAAAGAUGUCAAAAAACCUCCCAAAGAAGAAGAAGAAGUAAAGAAACCACCCAAAGAAGAGAGAGAAGUCAAGAAACCAUCAAAAGAAGAGAAAGAAGUGAGGAAACCAUCCAAAGAAGAGGCAGAAGUAAAGAAACCAUCCAAAGAAGAAAAAGAAGUCAAGAAACCAUCCAAAAAAGAGGUAGAAGUCAAAAAACCAUCCAAAGAAGAGAAAGGAGUGAGGAAACCACCCAAAGAAGAGAAAGAAGUCACAAAACCUCUCAAGGAAGAGAAAGAAGUCGAGAAACCAUCCAAACAAGAGGAUAAAGUCAAGAAACCAUCCAAAGAAGAGGCAGACGUAAAGAAACCAUCCAAAGAAGAGACAGAAGUCAAGAAACCAUCAAAAGAAGAGAAAGAAGUCAAGAAACCAUCCAAAGAAGAGGCAGGAGUCAAGAAACUUCCCAAAGUAGAGGCAGAAGUAAAGAAACCAUCUAAAGAAGAGAAAGAAGUCAAGAAACUUCCCAAAGAAGAGAAAGAAGUCAAGAAACCAUCCAAAGAAGAGGCAGAAGUCAAGAAACCAUCCAAAGAAGAGGCAGAAGUCAAGAAAUCAUCAAAGGAAAAGGCAGAAGUCAAGAAACCAUCUAAAGAAGACAAAGAAGUCAAGAAACUUCCCAAAGAAGAGGCAGAAGCCAAGAAACCUCUCAAAGAAGAGAAAGAAGUCAAGAAACCUCUCAAAGAAGAGGCAGUAGUCAAGAAACCAUCUAAAGAAGAGAAAGAAAUCAAGAAACCUCUCAAAGAAGAGGCAGAAGCCAAGAAACCUCUCAAAGAAGAGAAAGAAGUCAAGAAACCUCUCAAAGAAGAGGCAGUAGUCAAGAAACCAUCUAAAGAAGAGAAAGAAGUCAAGAAACUUCCCAAAGAAGAGACAGAAAUCAAGAAACCAUCCAAAGAAGAGGCAGUAGUCAAGAAACCUCUCAAAGAAGAGGCAGAAGUCAAGAAACCAUCCAAAGAAGAGGCAGAAGCCAAGAAACCUCUCAAAGAAGAGAAAGAAGUCAAGAAACCUCUCAAAGAAGAGGCAGUAGUCAAGAAACCAUCUAAAGAAGAGAAAGAAGUCAAGAAACUUCCCAAAGAAGAGACAGAAAUCAAGAAACCAUCCAAAGAAGAGGCAGUAGUCAAGAAACCUCUCAAAGAAGAGGCAGAAGUCAAGAAACCAUCCAAAGAAGAGGCAGAAGCCAAGAAACCUCUCAAAGAAGAGAAAGAAGUCAAGAAACCUCUCAAAGAAGAGGCAGUAGUCAAGAAACCAUCUAAAGAAGAGAAAGAAGUCAAAAAACUUCCCAAAGAAGAGAAAGAAAUCAAGAAACCAUCCAAAGAAGAGGCGGUAGUCAAGAAACCUCUCAAAGAAGUAGCAGAAGUCAAGAAACCAUCUAAAGAAGAGAAAGAAGUCAAGAAACCUCCCAAAGAAGAGGCAGUAGUCAAGAAACCUCUCAAAGAAGUGGCAGAAGUCAAGAAACCAUCUAAAGAAGAGAAAGAAGUCAAGAAACCUCCCAAAGAAGAGAAAGAAGUCAAGAAUCUUCCCAAAGAAGAGGCAGAAGUCAAGAAACCAUCAAAGGAAAAGGCAGAAGUCAAGAAACUUCCCAAAGAAGAGGCAGAAGUAAAGAAACCUCCCAAAGAAGAGGCAGAAGUAAAGAAACCUCCCAAAGAAGAGAAAGAAAUCAAGAAACUUCCCAAAGAAGAGGAAGGAGUCAAGAAACCAUCAAAGGAAAAGACAGAAGUCAAGAAACCUCCCAAAGAAGAGGCAGGAGUCAAGAAACCAUCUAAAGAAGAGAAAGAAGUCAAGAAACCAUCCAAAAAAGAGGCAGAAGCCAAGAAACCUCUCCAAAAAGAGAAAGAAAUCAAGAAACCAUCUAAAGAAGAGAAAGAUGUCAAAAAACCGUCCAAAGAAGAGGCAGUAGUCAAGAAACCAUCAAAGGAAACGGCAGAAGUCAAGAAACCUCUCAAACAAGAGGCAGGAGUCAAGAAACCAUCUAAAGCAGAAAAAGAAGUCAAGAAACCAUCUAAAGAAGAGAAAGAAGUCAAGAAACUUCUCAAAGAAGUGGCAGAAGUAAAGGAACCUCUCAAAGAAGAGCAAAAAGUCAAGAAACCAUCCAAAGAAGAGGCAGAAGCCAAGAAACCAUCUAAAGAAGAAAAAGAAGUCAAGACACUUCCCAAAGAAGAGGCAGAAGUAAAGGAACCUCUCAAAGAAGAGCAAAAAGCCAAGAAACCAUCUAAAGAAGAGAAAGAAGUCAAGACACUUCCCAAAGAAGAGGCAGAAGUCAAGAAACCUCCCAAAGAAGAGAAAGAAGUCAAGAAACCAUCCAAAGAAGAGACAGGAAUCAAGAAACAAUCAAAGGGAAAGGCAGAAGUCAAUAAAUCAUCCAAAGAAGAGAAAGAAGUAAAAAAACCAUCCAAAGAAGAAGCAGAAGUUACAAAACCAUCCAAAGAAGAGGGAGAAGUCAAGAAACCUCUCAAAGAAGAGGCAGAAGUAAAGAAACCAUCCAAAGAAGAGAAAGAAGUCAAGAAACCUCUCAAAGAAGAGAAAGAAUUUAAGAAACCAUCCAAAGAAGAAAAAGAAGUCAAGAAACCUCCCAAAGAAGAGAAAGAAGUCAAGAAACCAUCCAAAGAAGAGGCAGGAGUCAGGAAACCAUCAAAAGAAGAGGCAAAAGUCAAGAAACCAUCAAAGGAAAAGGAAGAAUUCAAGAAACCAUCCAAAGAAGAGGCAGAAGUCAAGAAACCAUCCAAAGAAGAGGGAGAAGUCAAGAAACCACCCAAAGAAGAGGUAGAAGUCAAGAAACCAUCAAAGGAAAAGGCAGAAGUCAAGAAACCAUCAAAAGAAGAGACAGAAGUAAAGAAACCAGCCAUAGAAGAGACAGAAGUAAAGAAACCAUCCAAAAAAGGAGAGGUGGAGAAACCAUCCAAAGAAAAGAAAGAAGUAAAGAAACCAUCAAAAGAAGAGGCAGAAGAAAAGAAAUCUCCCAAAGAAGAGAUAGAAGCCAAGAAACCUCUGACACAAGACAAAGAAGACAAGAAACCUCUCAAAGAAGAGGCAGAAGUAAAGAAGCCAUCUAAAGAAGAGGAAGAAGUCAAGAAACCAUUAAAAGAAGAGAAAGAAGUCAAGAAACCACCCAAAGAAGAGAAAGAAGCCAAGAAACUAUCCAAAGAGGCAGAAGUAAAGAAACCUUCCAAAGAACAGAAAGAAGUCAAGAAACCAUCAAAAGAAGAGAAAGAUGUCACCAAACCUCCAUCAGAAGAGAAGGCCAAGAAGCCUCUCAAAGAAGAUGCAGAAAUAAAGAAACCACCCAAAGAGGAGAAAGAAGUCAAGAAACUCCCCAAAGAAGAGAAAGAAGUCACAAAACCUCCCAAAGAAGAGAAGGAAGUAAAGAAACCAUCCAAAGAAGAGAAAGAAGUCACAAAACCUCCCAAAGAAGAGAAGGAAGUAAAGAAACCAUCCAAAGAAGAGAAAGAAGUCACAAAACCUCCCAAAGAAGAGAAAGAAGUCAAGAAACCAUCCAAAGAAGAGAAAGAAGUGGAGAAACUUCCCAAAGAAGAGAAGAAAUCUCUAAAAGAGGAUAAAGAAGAGAAGAAACGUCCUAAAGUGGAGAAAGAAGUUAAGGCACCUCCCAAAGAAAAGGUAAAAGUCAAGGAACCACCUAAAGAAGAGAAAGAGGUCAAGAAAACAUCCAAAGAAGACUUAGACUUGAAACCAUCUAUGGAGGAGCAAACAAUUAUGAAACCAAGUAAACAAAAAGAGGUUAGGAAGCCCUCUAAAGAGAAGAAAGAGAUGAAGCCUUCCAAGGAAGAGACAGAAGUAAAGGUGCCUUCAGUGGAGGACAAAGAAGUGGAGAAGCCUUCUAAAGUAAAGAAAGAAGUCAAGAAGACAGUGGAUCCUUCAAAGAAAGAAAUGGAAGACAAGAAGCCUUUGAAGGAUGAGACAGAAGAAAAGAAGUCAUCUGAAGAAGAAAUACAAAUGAAGCCCUAUGUUGAGAAAAAGGAAGUUACAAAGACUAUAAAGCAGAAAAAAGACCUGAAGAAGACUUCUAUGGAGGAAAAACCACCCCAAAAAGAGAAAGAAUUAGCAAAAGAAGAAAAAGAACCAAGGAAGCCCUCUAAAGAAAAGCAAGACCAAGAGAAACCUUCCAUAGAAAAGGAAGAAAUCAAGAAGACUCCCAAAGAACCUGCCAAGAAGAAAGACACAAAGACAGAUGCUAAACCCAAAAUGACUGUAAGGAGGAUUAAAGUAGUCAAGAAGGAUGUUGUGUCUGUCCUGAAGAAGGAGCAGCUUAAUGUUACAAAAUCAGAUGAUGAACCCAAGAGGGCAGUUAAGGUGCCGAAAGCUGCAAAAAAGCAAAUAGUUCCUGUCCUGAAGAAGGAACAGCUUAAUGUUACAAAAACAGAGGUUCCUGAAGUUCCUAAGGUGAAAGCCAAACCUGAAUCUGCAAAGAAAGUGGCAGCUCCCAAGGAGCCAAAGAAGGAACCAAAGCAAAAAAUAAAACCUAAACCUGUAAAAUCAGAAGUUCCAAAGGAAAAGGCCAAAGCAGCUCCUGCUAAGAAAGAAGCUGUUGCUCCAAAAGAAAAAGUUAAACCAGUUAUCUCGAAAAAAGAACAAGAAGGCCCUCCUAGAAAUGCCUCUCUGGUAAAAGAGAGAGUGAAAAUAGUGCCUAUGAAAAAAGAUGUCAAGGUGCCAAAAGAGAAAGUCAAAACAGUCUCUGCAAAGACAGACGUUCCAAAGGAAAAGGCCAAAGCAGCUCCUGCUAAGAAAGAAGCUGUUGCUCUUAAAGAAAAGGUCAAACCAGUCAUUUUGAAAAAGGAAGCAGCUGUGGUUUCUAAACAGAAGCCCAAACCUGUUCUAACCAAGAGAGAACCUGCUCCACUCAAGACAAAACCAGCCCCAGUAGUCAAAGAGGCAGAAAUACCACCUAAAAAUGUCUCGCUGACAAAGGAGAAGGUGAAGGUUGUGCCCCUGAAGAAAGUGCCUGCAACUCCAAAAGAGAAAGUCAAACCAGCACCAACAAAAAAAGAAGCUGAGGUUCUCAAGAAGAAGAAGGUCGAGCCAGUGACUCCCACUAAAGCACCUGUUAUCAAAGCAAAACCCAGAACUGCUGAAAAGAAGAAAGAAAUUGUUGUGAAAGAAAAGGCAAAGGCAAAAACCUCACAGAAAGAGCCUGAGGCCAAGCCAGUUCUUGUCAAAACAGCUAAGGUUACAAAGGAGAAGCUUAAACCAGCUCAUGAAAAGAAAGCUCCUUCUAAAACAGAGGCUGAAACAAAGAAGGAAAAGGUCAAACCAUUCCUAAAAAAGAAAGAGCCCAAAGUAGCAGAGGACAAAGUUAAACCACCUGUUACAAAAGAACUGGAGACUCCUAAAGAAAAGGACAAACUUGCAACAGUGAAGAAAGCCAUAUUUAGGGAAAAGACCAAACCAGUCCGUGCGAAGAAAGACAAACCAGUUGAGAAGAAGGCACCCAAAGAAGAGAAAGCUAAAGAGGACAGAGUUCUGAAAGAGAUACAGGAGCCUGCAAAGAAAGAAAAAUCUGUUGAGAAGAAAGUUGCCAAGGAGGAGAAAGUGAAAGCAGAGCCUUCUGUAUCAGACAGCUUUCUUAUGGAAGAUGAGCUGCCCUACUUCCAGUGUUUCUUUGUGGACGAGGACGAGGCCCAGUUUCCGUUCUAUGCCUUCUCACCACUGCAGAUCUGAAGCUUCAGUCUGAAUCCAGUCUGAGGUUUACAAUUCAGACAAUUUACUGAUAAUGACACGGUCACGUCAUGCCCCGUGCUGCUGAAACGCAGCCCACUGUUCACUGUUGGACUUAGGGAGAACAGGAACAGAGGAUGAUGGGUGAUUUCACGUGAUGGACCGAUUUAAUUUUUAUUUCCAGAUUUGGUUGAGCUCUCGUAUCAAAUACAUGCAGACAGUGUCAUUCCUUUCCAUAUUUUUUUUUUGUGUGUGUGUAUGUUUAAUUAUUUUGAAGGUGGAUAUCAUGGGAAUAUUUAAAUGGAACAAUAUAGUAUAUUACCUUUGUGGAUCAUUCAUUUUGAUCUUAACAGUAACACAUGCAAAUACAUAUAACGUUGCAUUUUUUAAAGAAGGAACUUAGAGUAGAAUAUGUUCAACUAUGCUGUAAACAGGGUACAAAAAUGGCCACAAUUGCUGAUUCAAGGCGGACGGUUCAAUUCCUCUUAAGUCUGCGUUUACUUGAAGUGGUUUGUACAGUAAUGGUACUGUAAUUUUAGCUUUAUCGUAUUGAAGAUGACAAUGUUUUUAAUGCACAACUUAUCCUGCUUUUAAAGCCCUUGAAUCAACAAUUGGGCAUUUACAACAUUUGUGCAUUAUUCCAUGGUCCAUGAUUUUAUUACGUCAUUUUAAGGAAACCUCACACGUAUCCCUUUAUUUCUUCCCUAAUGGGUACAAAGAAGGAAUCAAACCAUUAACAAAAAGAAAGGAUUGGGGUUUUUUUUGUCUGUUUCCGUCUACUUCUUAAGUGUAAAAAGGAAUGACCGUGCACUGUAUAUGAGAGCUCCCGAACAUACUGAUGAAACACUACCUUUAAAGUCUUAUUAAACUGUACCAUGUAGACACGUGCACCAGCCCCUCAUUUUGACAUUGGUGCUAAAAACAGGCAUUGCGGUGCUUGUACUGUCAGAACAAGGUUUGAGUUCAUAUUUACUUUUUCUACCAUCAAGUAUCAGAUUUGUUCUACAAUUGGAAACGUGUUUUCCAGCUACUCACUCGUUUUAAUUUGUUGCCACUUGUUUUAGUCAAUGAGAGGGUGGGUGUAAGUAUUUUCUUGCACUGUUAUCAAAGACCAUUUAGAACAUUAAAAGCACAGUAGGGCACAUGUGAUACAUUUUUUUUUUGUCAGUCAAAAGGGAUGAGUGCUGUGGCUAACGGCAAUUCCUUGAUAGACCAAAAACACCCUGCCACUACCUUUGGUCAGUGUGCACAAACAGGAUAUAUUUUAGCAACCUUUUGAAAAGGUUUUUAAAAAACCAGAAAGGGUCAGAAAAUAUUUAACAGUCUUUGUAAGUAUCAUUUAUCUUAUGUUUGUAACAUAUAUAACAUGAUAUUAAUGCAUAUCUUAUUUUAUAACAUCUCAUUAACUGUACUAAUAUGAAAGAUACCAGCAUUCAUAUUACAGCUACAGUACAUUACGAUAUACCGUGCAUGUUAUGUACAGUAUGGGUUACAUGAUUUCAGAUUGAUUUUGAAUACUGUAAUUGGUCAAAAGUUAAAUCCAAGACAUGUCAAAUCUCUGAAGAAUGAAGAGAGCUGCAAGAAUCAGCUCCUGUGCAGGUUUAUUUGACAACCUGAAUGUUGUUAACGUGGUGAUGUUGAAAUGAAACAUUUACAUCUGAGAUUGUAUCAGCACAUCAUGUGAUUACACUAUAGGUUGUGUGCAUGUUCGGGCAGAUGAUCUCAGAUGUAAACUGGUACAUUGUUUCAUUGUUUCAGCUUGUACCAGCUGUUGUUUACAUAUGGCUUUACAUUUUGCUCCAUAUGCUUCAUAGAAGACAGUUAUUACAGCUUGUGACACUAAUCCCAAAUGUACUCAAAAAUAAAUCCACUUAAUCUUUUUUAUUGCAGUAACACAAACACACUCUUUAUUAGUGCAUAGAGGGUACAUACGACCCUCUCCAGUAACUGUGCUGGAACAGCUGGAGUUUUAUGGUAAUGCUCCACUAUCACUGAUGAAGUUGUUGGUGUUAUGUUACCAAAGUGACAGUGUCUUUGGAUAUUUCUGAGUUUAGGGGAUUUAAGUAAAGGAGACAGUGUCGCUGUUUUAAAAGACAUUUUGAUUCAUGAUGAGAAAACAUAAAUAUUUAUUUCAACUUGAAUUGUAUUUAAAGACACUUUAACCAGGUAAACGUGCAAUAUAUACAUUUUUGAAUAUCUCAGUGAUCAAAGCACUGUAUGUGUGUCUGAUAGUCGCUUGAGUGCAUGAUGUGUGUGUGUGUGUGUGUGUGUUUUGUUUUAUGCUCUCUGUUUUUGUGAUAUCUUUUCCCAACUUUGAGAAUGGCAACACUAAAUACUUGAACUUGACACCAAUAAUGGACAUUUGUCUCUCAGUUGUGUUGCUAACAUGAUAUAACCAUUCAUAUUGAGAAUAAUCUCAUUGUAAAUAAUAAAAUAAAUGGAAGAAUAGACAGUUUUAUCCCUGAAUCAUUACUACUGAAACUGCCUUUUAACUGCAGUUAAAAUUGCAUUAUGUAUAAUUUGUCAAUUACAUCUUCCUUAUGCUUGUGAAUAGUAGCAAUUUGACAUUAAAAUAUAGCAAUGCAA